CAGUAGUGCUGACAUCACUUGAGGGGCGGGACAAUAACAAGUCUGGAGAAGCGCGAGUCGAGGGAUGGGGUUGUUCAUAGUGAAAUGAGAUAUGAAAUAGAAAACAGUGAGAGCGACGUUCAGGACAAUCCGUGCUACCGGGCGACUGUAGAAUCACGAGCGACACAGGGCUCGAGCUGCAGCAGGCAGAGUAGAGCAAAAAAGAGCAACAGACAUACGGUGCAUUCAAGACGAAAACUGAAAGGCCUUCCAAUGGCUGAAGUUUUGCAGGAACACAACUCUGAAGCGAGGGCAAACUGCUCUACUGAAGGACUCUCACCUAGGCCUCCUUGUAGCAGUGGGAGCUCACCUGUUCUUCACAACAUACGCCAGGGAGAGGACAUGUAUGAACCUAAUGCACAGUAUACGUGCUGUGAUCUUCCACGGAACAACACCAGUCAUAAUCCACGUUUGGCAUCUAUGGACACUCAUCACAGUCUGCCAUCUGUCGAAUCAUAUGUGACAUGGAACAGAUUUUCCUCUGAAAUGCCACAGGAAGAUGCUGUGAGGGAGCAGGCCGAUCAUGCAAAUCACGCAGUGCGUAGCAGAAGCCCCUUGCAGGAGCUGAGACGAGAAGAGGAAGUACAGCGGGAAAGAGAACUUGGUGCUCACCUCAGGCGCAUUGGUGACGAGAUUUACACACUUUACCUACAGCGGCAACAAGAACGAGAGCGACAUCAUUGGCGAGCUGUUUGGGUGGGACUGUAUAAUUUCAUCUCUGAUACACUUGCUGCCUUUUACAUCCCACGCUGGAGGUAAACAUGGUGCUGGAAAUGGAGCCAAACAAAAUACUGCACAGCACUAAAUUCGGGAACGGGUUAGCAAUAUAUGAAUUCCGCUGGCGGAAAUGAAAAUACAAAAGAAAAUGAUGACUGACUCCUUUAAAAAUGUAGUAUUUUGUUGUUGUCUUUUCUGUGAGUGAAAGCCAUUGCUACUGUUUACCACUUCCGCUGAUUUUUCGACACCUGUGGUGUUAUCACAACCAGUACUGGGAACUCCCACUUAAAUAUUUUUGGUACCACUGAGGGCACAUACUGUAUAUUUUUUGAGAGCAACGUAUGAGAAAGCCACUUUUCAGCAUACCAGAGGAAAGCCUGGUGUCAUAAAACUGAAAACUUGUGAUACAACAAUGAGUGUGUAGCUGUUAGAUCAAGUCACAGUGCCAAAGGUUUAUUUUGUUUUUGUGGGCUCUGGUUAUAGUUUUGGUAAUCAUUUCUUUGAAAAAAUGAGUCCAACUAAAAGUAUAUUAAAGGUCCACAUGCUGUGUACUGCAAAUCCGAUUUAGUGCUUGAGCCUGUUUCUUGACAGAUUUCUUUUAAUUUAUUUCUUUUAAUUUAUUUAUUUCUUUUUUCUAAGAAAAUAUCAAUAUGCUGAAUAGAUCUGAAUUUUUGAAGCAAUUUGAACAGGCCCAUUCUAAUUUAUUUCUUCUAAUUUAUUUAUUUUACUACAAGAAUAUGGUAUUUGAUACUGAAGUGAUUUAGAAAUUCAGUUAAACAGUCUAAAGGAAGGUCCAUGUAUUUAUUUUAACACAUUUUGGUUAAGGCUGUGUGUUUCUUAUACUUUUUCUUUUGUUUCUUUUUCUAACAUAAAUUGGACCUAAUAUUGCCAUGUGUCUUUGCAGUACACACUAGAAAUAUUGCUGUAUACUUAUUGGGCCGUAGCUGGCAGACAUCUUUAGAAACAGAACCAUGAAAUAUGAUUAGAACCACUUUCAUCAUUUUGUGUGGACCUCUUCUUGCAUUCAUACCCAGACUUUGCACCAUCAUUUCUCAGGGUUGCUUAUAUUCAUGCCAACUGUCCCGUCCUUGUGAAAAGUAGAAAAUACAAGUUUUGUUGGAUGUUUAAUGACAUGGCAGGACUUUUGGUGUGGCAGAGAUAAAUAUAGUUGCACUUUUGUAGCACACAUAUGUCUCAGGUUUCCUUACUUUUGUUCUGUAGCCCUAGGUCUCUUUCUGUCUUUGUGAACUUUGAAGACAAAUACAAUUCCAAUGUAAUGAAUUUAUUUCUAUUAACAGAUCAUGUUUCUCGUCAAUUUUUUCAAACGGUAUGUGUAACUUUACCAGUAAAUUAAAAUACAUGUACCAUAUAUCUUCAGUUACAGAGUGCCUCUGAUUAGAAGCCACUGGCUGAUACUGGCUGUAGGCUCAGAGUCGGUUAGUUUUACUAACACCACUCCACAGUCUUUUGCACUAUGGAGAUAAAAAGUGUACCAUUAACGUUUACAUUUUCUUUGUUUAUUGUUUUUUUAAAUUUCAUUCUACUUUAUUUGUAUGCUGCUUUUUGGCUGUAAUGUGGUUCAUUGUAUGCCUUGGGAAUGAAUGUGCAGAAGGGAUACUGCGACUGACAUGUUCAGGUAUGAGGCUAGAGCUGUAUGAGAUGCACGAAUGAGUGUCAGCUGUGCAUUUAAUGAAUAAGAAAAUAAAUCCAUGACAUGUUGGGUGGGUAAGCAUACAUCCAUGAGUAUGCUAAGUGCUGCUUGACUGAAUGUUAAAAUGUGUAUGUGCUUUAAUGAAUGGCAUAAUGAACUGGCGCCUGAUUUUUUGAGCAUAUUCAAAAGAGUAUUUGCAUUUGUAGGCAUUGUAUGAUUGAAUGUCUGGUUUGUGCCUUUAUUAGUGUGUCUAUGAACAUUUGAGUGUGUGAGUGUGUGAAUUGUUGAGCUGGGAUGAGGGAGUAAGAGCAAAUCAUGUUUUUCACAGACCAAUAGGCCAGUAAGUGGGGUGGCACAGUGGUACACUGGAUAGUGUUGUUGCCUCACAGCAAGAGGUUGCCCAGUUUGAUUCUCAUCUGGGGUGCAUUCUGUUCUGAGUCUGAAUGUCCUGCUUGUGUUCAUGUGGGUUUCCUCCAGUUUCCUCCCACAUUCCAAAGACAUAGAGUAGGUGGACUGGACACUCUAAAUUGGCUAUAGAUGCGAGUGUGCUUGCGAGUGUGUUGUGUGGAAGAACUACUACAGCAGGGCUAGCCAACUGGCAAUGUAAACCUUGGCUGUACACCUGACCCCAUGUGAAAAAAUGGGAAAAAGAGGUUAUGGCCAGUAAGUAAAUCAGAUUUAUUUUAUCUGAGUUGCUGUAGUUUACUUCACUGGCGAUCAGGUAUACGCAGUUAAAAUCCACCUGCUGUUUACAGGAACGUUUACUAAAUUUUGUAAAAAUAAAAUAAGUAAUACAGGCUACUUGCAAUUGAAUAUAUAUGGUACUAAUGAAUACAGUUUAUGAAGUAUGUGUUCAGUUGUUUAAUAUAGUCAUAUGACAGAGUUUACAUCUGAGCCUCCUAUUAACUUUUCAGAGAAAAACUGUUUCAAAUGUAUUUGCCUUUUGAACUAAUACCAUCAUGAGUUUUACUGUGGCAUUUUUCCCAUGUGUUUCUGUUUUUCAGUUUUGUUUUAAAAGUUAUUUAAAGCCUUCAUUUUAUCAAAUUAGACCUUCCCAAAGGCUAGAAAACUUGAUGAGGUGUGCAAACGCAUUAGCCCACUGCCUAGAGAACAUGAUUUUUGUGGCAUCCACCUUGCUAUGGCACUUUGUGUACGUUUUGCUUCUAAAUGUCACUAAUGUUCAAAAAAUUAAUUCGGAAAUGUAUUUGUAUCAUGGACAUGUUGUUGCUGAGAAUGCUAAGUUGUAUUGUCUUGCAGGCCUAGCUCUUUAAAGAUCAUCACAGUGUGACGCUGAAACUUUUUAGAUACCCCUUUUAGGCAUCCUACUUUCAUUAUCUGUUUGCCUAUACAUGUCAUUGAUUCAAGAGUUUUAGAUCAAAUGAGUUUGGCUGGUGCCAUUUCCAGAAUGUCUUUCUAUGGUGUUACUGAUACUCAUGAGCUCCUGUUCACUUUGCUGUCACCACUGACAUCUCAGACAUCCAUUGUAGUCCUGGGAUGUAAUUUCCUAGAAUGCUUGUGAGGCCUACUGUUAAAGAGAGAGCUGAAUAAUUCUAAAUACAGGAAGUCUGGCAUUUAUGCAAAGAUUAAUGGUAAGAGCUGCCUUGUGUAACUUAGACAGCAUGGUGCUUAAGUGGAAUGGUCUCUGCCUUGCAUCCCCAGAGUACAUGGUUCCUUUCUGACCUUUUGUCAUUGUCUUUAUGAAGAAUUCAUGUUUUCUUUGUGGAUUUCUCCAGUAAUCUAUUUUUCUUCCACCUUCCCAAAGCACGCUGAUUGACUGGCUACACUAAUUUUCUCUCUCAGAGUCUAUUUAAAUACCCUUGCUAUUGUAGCCUAGGUCAUGGCUGAAAAGGGCCCACAAACCAGCCUAUUUAUCUGAUCUACAAAUAAGUAGUUUGUUCAGUUUACAUAAGGCAACAAAAUUAUUGCUCAGUGGAGACAGCAACCAUAUCUGAGGGGUUUGCACUCUUCCAUUUCCAUCCUUAAUGAACAUUCAGAGGAGUGAAAAGACUUCCAGUUUUAACUCUUACCUUCCUUUCUGAACCAGUGAACAUUCAGCAGAUGUACUUCUUGCUAUAGGACCACAAUCACUGAAGACUUGAGUCCAGAAUGCUGUAAUUGGUGGUUCUUUUUACCACAGAAAAGGCUAUGCACUCAGUGAUGAAGCAUUUAUUCUCACACAGUAGCACUCUGUAUAUACUGUAAUUCUCUGUAUUGUAGAUAUAAAUGUACAUUGAAUCUCUGUAAAUUUUGAAUGCAUUUUGUACAUCAAGUUUUCUACAAUUUUUUUUUUCAAUAAAACUUU